UUGGUCACAUUCAAGAUGGCUGUCGGGCGACGCUCUAGCUGCUCCCUGGCGGUGGUCUCUUCCUCUCUAUGGCAGUCGUUCCUCCGCGUGUCCGGCCUCAGGGCGGAAGCGGAAGCAGGCUGCCCGGAAGGAACCUGCCCGGAGAAGCGGCAGCGGCUGGAGCCGGAAGGGAGCGUGGCGGCCGCUCACAGGUGCAAUAACCGCAGGAGCUCGUGGCUUUGGGACGUUCGCGCAGCAGGCAUUUUCUAUAAAAUGGGAAUUUUUAUUGCACUUCUUGGAAUCUGGUUCAGCUCUUCUCUAGCAAAGGCAGAUUCUAAAGCAGUGACAACGUCCCUGACUACAAAGUGGUUGUCAACCCCUUUGUUACUGGAAGCAAGUGAAUUUUUAGCAGAAGAAGGUCAAGAGAAAUUCUGGACUUUUGUGGAAGCCAGUCAAGAUAUUAGAUCAUCAGAUCAUGGUGGUACUAAUUAUUCCUCUUACCAUGGAAUGCUGAAAGCAGCCUGCCAGAAUCUGUCACCACUACAGCAGAACUUGUUGAAGUUUUCCCUGUCUUUACGUUCCUAUUCUGCUACGAUUCAAGCCUUUCAGCAGAUAGCAGCAGACGAACCUCCACCAGUGGGUUGUAACUCAUUUUUUGCUGUGCAUGGGAAGAAGACUUGUGAAUUUGACACCCUUGAAAUCCUUUUACAAACAGCUUCAGAAAGGCUGAAGCCAUUUUUGUUCAAAGGAGAUCACAGAUUCCCCCUCUCAAACCCGGAAAGUCCUGUUGUCAUACUGUAUGCUGAGAUUGGCACUGAGGAGUUUUCCAAAUUCCACAAUCUGCUUGUUUCGAAAGCCAGUGCAGGAGAAAUCACUUACGUCCUCAGACACUAUGUUGCUAAUCCAAGUAAAGAAAAAGUCUACCUGUCAGGCUAUGGUGUGGAACUGGCUAUUAAAAGCACAGAAUAUAAGGCCAAGGAUGAUACCCAGGUGAAAGGUACGGAGGUGAAUGCUACAAUGAUAGGUGAAAAUGACCCUAUUGAUGAAGUGCAAGGAUUUCUCUUUGGAAAGCUAAGGCAGUUGUAUCCUGACUUGAAGGAAGAACUGAAGGAGCUUAGAAAGCAUCUUAUUGAAAGUACCAAUGAAAUGGCACCUUUAAAAGUAUGGCAGUUACAAGAUCUAAGUUUUCAAACCGCUGCUCGCAUCCUGGCUGCUCCCACUGUGGAUGCUUUGAUGGUCAUGAAAGACCUCAGUCAGAACUUUCCUACAAAGGCCAGAGCAAUAACGAAAACAGUUGUUUCCUCGGAACUCAGGACAGAAAUUGAAGAGAACCAAAAGUACUUCAAAGGAACAUUAGGAUUACAAUCUGGUGAUUCCGCCUUGUUCAUCAAUGGACUGCAUAUUGAUCUAGACACACAGGACAUAUUUAGCUUGUUUGACGUGUUGCGCAAUGAAGCUCGUGUUAUGGAGGGACUUCACAGUUUAGGAAUUGAGGGCCUUUCCUUGCAUAAUGUUCUAAAGCUAAACAUCCAGCCAUCAGAUUCAGACUAUGCUGUGGAUAUCAGAAGCCCUGCUAUUUCAUGGAUCAACAACCUUGAAGUUGAUAGCAGGUACAAUUCCUGGCCUUCUAGUGUGCAGGAACUGCUGCGCCCCACCUUUCCUGGAGUAAUCAGACAAAUCAGAAAAAACUUCCACAACUUUGUUCUUAUAGUGGAUCCUUCCCAUGAGAGUACAGCAGAAUUGCUUAACGUGGCGGAGAUGUUCUUCAGCAACCACAUCCCAUUGAGGAUUGGUCUGGUCUUUGUGGUUAAUGACUCAGAAGAUGUUGAUGGGCUACAAGAUGCUGGGGUUGCCCUUCUUAGAGCAUUUAAUUAUGUUGCGCAAGAAGUGGAUAAUAAUUAUGCCUUCCAGACUCUUAUAUCUAUAUAUAACAAAGUAAAAACUGGAGAUCAGCUGCAGGUUGAACAUGUGGUUAGCGUUCUCGAGAAGCAGUAUCCUUAUGUAGAAGUGAACAGCAUUCUGGGGAUUGAUUCUGUUUAUGAUCAAAACAGGAAGGAAGGCAGAGGGUACUAUGAGCAGACAGGUGUGGGACCUCUACCUAUUGUGCUGUUUAAUGGAAUGCCUUUUCAAAAAGAGCAGCUGGAUCCUGAUGACCUAGAAACCAUAACAAUGCAAAAAAUCCUGGAAACCACCAGCCUCUUCCAGAGAGCUGUGUACUUGGGUGAAUUGUCCAGUGAUCAAGAUGUGGUUGAAUAUAUCAUGAACCAGCCUAAUGUUGUUCCAAGAAUCAAUUCAAGGAUCUUGAUGUCUGACCGAGAGUACUUAGAUCUAACUGCCACGAAUAACUUUUUUGUGGAUGAUUAUGCUAGAUUUACUUUCUUGAAUUCCAAAGAUAAAACAGCUGCUGUAGCCAAUAGUAUGACCUACUUAACAAAGAAAGGAAUGUCCUCCAAGGAGAUCUAUGAUGAUUCUUUUGUUAGACCAGUUACUUUUUGGAUUGUUGGAGAUUUUGAUAAACCUUCUGGGAGACAAUUGUUAUAUGAUGCUAUCAAACAUCAGAAAUCCAGUAAUCAUGUCCGAAUUAGCAUGAUUAAUAACCCUAGUGAAGAUCCAGCCAACAAGAACACAGUCAUCACCAGGGCCAUAUGGGCAGCUUUACAGACACAAACGUCAAACAAUGCCAAGAACUUCAUCACUAAAAUGGCCAAAGAAGAGACAGCAAAGGCACUGGAGGCAGGAGCUGACAUCACAGAAUUUGCGGUUGGUGGUAUGGAUGUCAAUACUUUUAAAGAGGCCUUUGAAUCCCCCAAAGUGGAUUUUAUACUGUCUCAUGCCAUGUACUGCAGGGAUGUUCUUAAGUUGCAGAAAGGACAGAGGGCAGUGAUCAGCAAUGGAAGGAUUAUUGGCCCAUUAGAAGACAAUGAGCUGUUCAAUCAGGAUGAUUUCCACCUCCUAGAGAAUAUUAUACUGAAGACAUCAGGACAGAAAAUCAAAUCCCAUAUUCAGCAGUUGGGAGUAGAGGAAGAUCUUGCAAGUGACUUGGUAAUGAAGGUGGAUGCUCUUCUGUCUGCUCAGCCAAAAGGAGAGGCAAGGAUUGAAUAUCAAUUUUUUGAAGACAGAUACAGUGCAGUUAAACUGAGACCAAAGGAGGGAGAGACCUACUUUGAUGUGGUGGCUAUUGUUGAUCCAGCUACCAGAGAUGCUCAAAGACUUGCUCCAUUACUUAUGGUUUUGAACCAACUGAUAAACAUGAAUCUAAGAGUUUUUAUGAACUGCCAGUCCAAACUUUCUGACAUGCCUCUGAAAAGCUUUUAUCGCUACGUUUUGGAGCCCGAGAUUUCUUUCACAGCAGAAGACAACUUUGCUCCUGGUCCAAUUGCCAAAUUCUUGGAUAUGCCUCAGACUCCACUGUUCACUCUGAACCUAAACACCCCUGAGAGCUGGAUGGUGGAGUCUGUCAGAACUCCAUAUGACCUUGAUAACAUUUAUUUAGAGGAGGUGGAUAAUAGAGUAGCUGCAGAAUAUGAAUUGGAGUAUCUGCUUCUGGAAGGACACUGCUAUGACAUCACAACAGGACAGCCACCUCGAGGACUCCAGUUCACACUGGGAACUUCGGCCAAUCCUGUCAUUGUUGAUACCAUUGUGAUGGCCAACUUAGGCUACUUCCAAUUAAAAGCCAAUCCUGGGGCUUGGGUUUUGAGACUCAGAAAGGGGAGGUCUGAGGACAUCUAUAGAAUCUACAGCCAUGAUGGUACAGAUUCUUCACCUGAUGCCAGUGAAGUUACUGUUGUUCUCAACAACUUCAAGAGCAAAAUUAUUAAAGUGAAGGUUCAGAAGAAACUAGACAUGAUGAAUGAAGAUUUACUAAGUGAUGGAACCAAUGAGAAUGAGUCUGGAUUUUGGGAGUCUCUUAAGUGGGGAUUUACAGGUGGGCAGAAGAAUGACGAAGUGAAACAGGAUAAAGAUGAUGUGAUUAAUAUAUUCUCUGUGGCUUCAGGACACCUGUAUGAAAGAUUUCUCCGUAUAAUGAUGUUAUCUGUGCUGAAACACACUAAGACUCCAGUGAAAUUCUGGUUCUUGAAGAACUAUUUGUCACCUACAUUCAAGGAGUUCAUUCCAUAUAUGGCAGAGAAAUACAAUUUCCAGUAUGAGCUUGUCCAGUACAAAUGGCCCCGAUGGCUUCACCAGCAAACAGAGAAACAGCGCAUUAUCUGGGGUUACAAGAUCCUUUUUCUGGAUGUGCUGUUCCCACUGGUGGUUGAUAAAUUCCUGUUUGUGGAUGCUGAUCAGAUUGUGCGCACAGACCUCAAAGAGUUAAGAGACUUCAAUUUGGAAGGUGCACCAUAUGGCUAUACUCCAUUCUGUGAAAGCCGUAGAGAGAUGGAUGGCUACAGGUUCUGGAAGUCAGGAUAUUGGGCAAGUCACUUGGCUGGAAGAAAAUAUCACAUCAGUGCUCUAUAUGUUGUGGAUCUGAAAAAGUUUAGGAAGAUAGCUGCUGGAGACCGGCUAAGAGGACAAUAUCAAGGUCUGAGUCAAGAUCCUAACAGUCUUUCCAACCUUGAUCAGGAUUUGCCCAACAACAUGAUCCAUCAGGUGCCCAUUAAAUCACUACCCCAGGAGUGGCUUUGGUGUGAAACAUGGUGUGAUGAUUCUUCAAAGAAGAGAGCAAAAACUAUUGAUCUGUGUAAUAAUCCAAUGACCAAAGAGCCCAAGCUUCAGGCAGCCGUGCGCAUUGUCCCAGAGUGGCAGGACUAUGAUCAAGAAAUUAAACAGCUAUACAGUCGUUUCCAGAAAGAGAAAGAAUCAGGAACCCUUACUACAACAGAUGGGAUGAAACAGCAAAACAGAAAAGAUCUAGGCGCACAUGUGGAAUUAUGAUCCAUGGGGAAAAAUGAAGUUAGACUGUUCCAUAGACAAUUUUUAUAUCAAAUGCUAGUUUUUUUCCAGUAUGUCUGCAAAACUGCUGAAUAAUUGAAUGGGAUGAUGUAUGUGUUUAUUACUUGCCUUUGGGUUGAUUUCUGCAGAUGAAAUAGGAUCAAGGCUGCUGUUUUUGCACCUGUGUGGGGGAAAUGAAAGUGCUCACAGUGGAGUGUAGAAUUUCAGUAACAGACGUUCAAAGUACAUUGAAAAGCAGCAGGUCUGUUCCUCUAGCCGUUGCCACAUACAACCACUGCUGGCCACGAUUCUAUUAGCCACAGAUAUCUUACUCAAGAGCACAUGGAAAAUGCAUACUCAGUGAGCGGUGGGACAGCGAUAGCGUGAGUCCUUACCUCAAACAAAUGUUUUGAGAUGGAGCUAGUUUUUCCAGGCAACGUUAAGCUUGGAACCAUGCUUUGAACUGGUCUAAUGUUGCAAUUGCAAUUUUCAGAUGGUCCCUCUUCUACAAGGCUCUGUUCAUUAUGCCACUGAUUCUGUUACAGCACAGCAGUUUCAUUAUUUAAAUUGAGACAUAGCAACUGUUUCCUCACUCUUGAAGAGUUGCUCAGUGCAAAGCUACCCACACCAUUUAAAACCAAACAUUCACUUGCAGCUGUAUAUGCUAACAAGGUUAACAAUACUUUGCAACUGAUAUACAAAAAUCAGGAUUUGUUUUCUGACUUGCCCCUUCCUCCUAAAUUUAUUUAAAAGUGCCCUGUUUCUCCUUCUACACACCUUAACAUUUUUAAACAAAUCUGUAGGGCAUUAAUACUGCUGUGGUUCAUUGUUUUAUAAAUGUUUUUGCUGUUUAUGAAAAUCUGUGGAAGUUUUUGAUCAUGUAAAUUUCAUUUUUCUUCAAACACAAGAUGUCACAUCAAUAAAACCUUGAAGUCCUUA